UCCGUAAUUUCAAUUUCCAUGCUGAAUCUUCUGCGAGAAGAAGAAAGCGCGAAAAUUCGAAACACGAAGGAAGCUCAGAGAGCCAUGGCAGGAGCUGAUUCACAGAAGCAACUCUUUACUCUGAUUCGCGACUUUGCCUCGGAGAAAUCACAAGGAGAGAGAAGAGUGGUUGGCCUCAAGAAGCGAAUUGAAGAGCUGCGAUCGGAGCUUGAUGCCGGCAAUCUGGAGCUAGAAGGCGCCAAGAGACACAAGGAAACCACAGAGCAAGAGCUCAGAGGCUAUGAAGUCCAGUUGGCUUUGAGCGAGGCUUCGAUUCAAGCACUAGAGGCAAGGAUUUCUCAGAUUCAGAAUGAAAUAGCCAUUGUUGGAUCUGAAGUGGAGGCUGUCAAGAAUGAAGACGGAGCUAAGCGAGACGAGUUCAUUAGACUAAUGUUUGAGGUGAAUGCUAAGAUAAGGAAAUUCCAAGAGUCUAUUGCUCAAGAAUUUCAGCUGCAGAAUGACAUUGGAACUGUAGAAGAAGUUCAAAAUUGCACAACAGAUAGACCCAUUGAAGUUCCUUUGAUGGCGCUUGAGAAUAUGAUUGCCGAUAUAAUUUCUGAAACAAAUAAGGAGAAAGAAGAAUACCUACAAGAACAGAAGGUUCAAAAGCAGGCCCAGCUGGAGCUGUGUGAUCUUGAAAGGAAGAUAUCUAUGAUUGAGGAGAUAGUGAAAGAAACAAAAGCAUUGCAGGAUUUAACAAGGCAGACUUCUGAAUUGGAACAGACUUGUGCUUUACUGGGUGAGGAGUUGCAGAAGAGAUGCAUUUGUCCCCAUUGUCAUUUAGACAAUGUGGAGAAUCUGAGUGGAAUUCCUCAGACAAAUGAGGUGAACUGAGAUUUUGUAAGUAUACUUCCUAUAUUUG